CUCAGAGGCUUUGCCUUUCAGUCUGUUUAGUAGGUGCUAUAAUACAAUCAGUUGAAUCAGACAGACGACAAAACGUGGCCACAUUAAACAGAUCUUUUACAAAUGUGGCUUGAAGUGCUGGCCCUGUCCGUGUUGAGCGUUGUGCUGCUCUGCACUUGCUUCGAUUCCCUGAAUCAUUGCUAUCUGCGGCUGCUCGAGCAACUCUUCGAGUACACCUCGCAGCAGCUUGAAAGGGCACGUUGCCAGAAGCUCAAGUUGAAGUCAAAGCCUCGCCAGGAACUGCAACUGCAACGUGGAGUCAAGGAGCUGAAUCAGCCGGCGGAGAUGUUGCCAGUUGUUGGACAAAAGCUGCGGAUGCCACACAAGGAUGCGUUGAAUGCAAGGAUCGAGCAGUGCUGUGAUGUGCUGGCGGACGGACUGCGUCUAGUGUUGGAGGAUGAGGUGACACCGAGAUUUGCGGCAGCUGCUCCGGCACCGGGUGAGUGGAAUCUGUUGACACGCAAUCUGCGCCAUCGCAAGAGGCAUCUCAACUGGCGACUGUACAUGCUUUGGCUGCUUGGAUUAAUCCUGCGCUACACGCUGCUGGUGCCAUUGCGAACACUGGGCUGCUCCAGCUGCCUGUUGCUGGUGACGCUGGUCACCGGUCUGCUCGGCCAGCUGCCGGAGUGGAGCUUUAAGCGGCGACUGGUGCACAUGGCACUGCGACCCUGCUUCCGACUCACCACAUGGUGCAUUCCAGUGGUGCGACGCAUCCACAAUCUGCAGCAUCUGCCCCGCAGCGGCAUCUGUGUGUGCAACCACACGAGUCCCCUGGACGUCCUGGUGCUCAUGUGCGAUUGCCACUAUUCCCUGACCGGCCAGCGGCACGACGGCAUCCUCGGUCUCAUCCAACGUGCCCUGGCCAGGGCUUCGCCACAUCUGUGGUUCGAGCGGCGGGCGCUGGGGGAGCGUGAGUCAUUGGGAUUGGUGCUGCGCCUGCAUGCGACUGGGCGGACCAGGCCACCCAUCCUGCUGUUCCCGGAGGGCACCUGCAUCAACAACACGGCCGUCAUGCAGUUCAAGAAGGGCAGCUUCGCCAUCUGCAAUGUGGUGUAUCCCGUUGCCGUGCGCUAUGAUCGACGCUUUGGCGAUGCCUUCUGGGACAGCACGCGCUGCUCCAUGAUGCGCUACAUUUUGAUGGUCAUCUCCUCGUGGUCCAUCAAGUGCGAUGUCUGGUACAUGCCCGCCCUCAGGCGACGACCAAACGAAACGGCUAUUGACUUCUCGAACCGCGUCAAAGCCGCCAUCGCAGCUCAGGCCGGCAUCGAGGAUCUACCCUGGGAUGGCAAUCUCAAGCGCUGGAAUCCCGUGCGUGAUUGGUAAUCGAUGCUAUAUACAUACAUGUCAUUUAUUCACAAUUAAAUAAAGUCAAGUGUAGACACUGAG